AUGAGCGACGAUCGCGCGGCCGCCGCGGAGGACGCGAGCGCGUCCUCCUCCUCGCUCGAUCGCGGCGGGACGUUCUCCUCGGUGGACUACCCUCCCGCGCCGCUGUUCGCGACGACGCGGAGAUUCCCGUCGUCGUCGUCCGCGAUGAACGAUCGCGCGUACAGCUCAGCCUACUUCCCGUCGUCCUCCUCCUCGCUCACGGCGUCCGACGCCGCGCCGAGGCCGCGGCGCGCCGCCGCGACGGAGGCGGAGGAGAAGGACCCGAACGCGAUCGACAUCGAAGCGCUGAAGCGGUCGGUGAUGUGGCCGGAGAAGCGCGCGCGCGCGCUCGGCAUCAUAACGGACCCGAUCGUCAGCGCGUCCACCGCGCCCGGGAGCUUCCGAUUCCCGUCCUCGCGGCGCAGCCUGUGGGACGCCACCGCGAUCGGCGACGCCGUCCACGUGUCGUCGCACCAGCACGCGCCGGAGAUCAGGGUCUCCGGCGCGAUCACGGCCGCGCUCGCGAGGGCGGCGACGAAAGCGCGGAGUCGCGCGGAGGACGCGCGGUUUCAGAUCAUCGAAUCGCGCGACGACGCGCGGCGCUACGCCGGCGACGACGCGGGCGCCUCGGACGUGAAGGGCGUCGAGGUCGUCCGCGUGCGAGGCGACGUGAAAGUGCGCGACGUGACGACGCUGGACGCCGCCGACGACCGUGCAGGCGUAACGGACACGAUCAUGACGUUACGGGACGUCGCGGCGAACGGCGACGCGUCCGACGGCGCCGCCGACGACGCCGGCUGCGUCGUCGUCGACGCGCGCGCGCUGGAGGACGUCGCGGGGGAGACCGAGGACGCGACGCGCGAGCGGUUGAAGGCGACGACGCUCGCGUGGGAGCGCGACGCGGACGCGGUCGCGAAAGAUUUCGUCCGGAGGUGCAGCCGGAGGGUGACGCUCAGGCGCGUUUUAUCUCACGCCGGUUCCCUGUUCGUGAUGUCGCCGAUAUUCCCCCCGCGCGUCGCCGCGGACUCGCCCGUGCACGCGGACCUCCUCGCGAAGCAGAGGCGUCCGGCGGACCCGGAGGCGUCGAAAAUCGAAACCGGCUUCCUCACGAUGGACCAAUCGCGGCGACUCGUGCCGCUGCUCGAGACGGAGGACCGCGCGUUCUCCGUCCCGCUCGUCGGCGUGUGGGUCAGCGGCGUGUCCUCGAUCGCGCACCUGCACGCGUGGGCGGCGGCGGCGCGGUUCCACGCGCACGACGGGAUCGCGGACAAGGCGACGCGCGACGGAAGUUUUCUUCUCGCGGCGUACAUGCCUCGAUCGAAGAUGCCGGGGCCGGCGAUGUACGACGUGAGAGUCACCGGCGGCGCGGCGUCGUUCGCGAGGUACGUCGCGACGAUGACGUGCGGCGCGGGCGAGGCCGCGGAGGCGAAGUUUCUGUCGCGAACGGAGAAGGCGAAGGCGGUCGCGUUGGAGGGCGGCGAGAGGGCGUUUCUUCUUCGCGCGAGUCGAGACGAAGAGAAGAAACGCGGCGUCUCCGCCUCCGCCGACGCCGCCUCGGGCGGCGGUCCCGCGCCGCCCACGAGCGGGGAGGUCGCGUACGCCCCCGGGGCGUACGAGCGCGCGAGAAAGAGCGCGCGCGAGCUCGCGGACGCCGCGCGCGCGGCGCUUCUCGACUUUGAAACGGCCGAGGAGACGGCGGCGCGCGCGGCGGCGCGCGGCGCGCCCGGGUGGCGGCCGAUCAAGCCGCCGCCGACGGCGUACGAGACGGCGACGGCGCGGAACCGCGCCCGCGCCGCCGACGCCGCGACGCUGACGGCGACCGUUCGCGCGUCGACCGACGCGGACGUGGACGACGCGACGUUGCGCGCGUCGAUGGAGACGCUCUCCCCCGCGGCGCGGAUGAUCGUGUUGGAACAGCAGCGCGCGAUCGCGGCGUUGAAGGAGCAAGUCGAGCUUCUGCGGUGCGAGGCGCGGUCCGUCGCGAGCGGCGAGGACGGGGUCGGGGUGGAGUACCAGCGUCUGGGAAGCCACGACUCCGGCGAGGAGGACGAGGACGAGGACGAGGACGAGGACGCCGGGCCGAUGCCGCUGGACGCGAAGGCGGUGUGGUGGGGCGGCGGCGUGCCGGAGCUUGAGGCGAACGCUUUCGUCGCGGCGGUGGAGACGGCGGCGUUGAAAGCGGCGGAAGCUCGCGCGACGUCGUCGACCGCCGCCGCGUCGCCGUCGCCGCCGCCGCCGCCGCCGCCGACGACGUCGACGAACAAGAAGCCGCGGAAACCGAACGAGCCCGCGCGCGACCCGGGGUUGAUGCCGUUCGUGGACUUGCACGACUUCGAGUCCGACGCCGGCGAGUCCCCGACGGAGCGCGCGGUGGACCCGCUCCCGCAGGCGGACGACGCGGAGUUAUUAGACGCGGAGUUAUUAGACGCCGCCGCCGCCGCCGACGACGACCGACCCCGACCGCGGACGCACCGCGAGCCGACGGUCGGGUACGCGUCCACCGGUUUAGGCAUGGAGCUCACCGGCGUCGCGCUGAGCGACGUCGAGGAGAGCGACGGCGACGGCGACGCGGACGCGGCGACGUUCAACGACGACGGCACCGUGCGCGAGUCGCUCGGCGACGCGACGCGUAAGUCGCAGCUGAUGGUUGACCCGACGAUGCUGGAGGGCGAGGCGCUGAGGAAGCUCGUCGCGAGAGCCAAGGCGGAGCUCAUCGGCGAGGUGCUCCGAGGCCGAGACGCGGAGAGAGACGCGGACGGCGGGAGCGGCGACGACGACGACCUCGGCGACCUCGGCGACGACGUGGACGCGGAGACGCGAGUCGUGCUCGGCAAAGACGCGCUGCUGCGCGAGGCGGUCAAGAGAGGGUUGGACCCGAUGUAUCCGGUGAUCGAUCACGUCGCCGCGGAGGAGGAGGAGGAGGAGUCGCUGGACGGCGACGAGGACAUCAUCAGGAAGUACGCGGUGGGGGAGGGCGACGAGGGAGGAGGUCUCUCUUCGAGCGCGCGGCUCGCCGAACUCGAGGACUGGGAGGAGCGCGCGGACAAGGAGGAGGCGAGAGCCGCGGCGGUCGCCGCCGGCGAGGAGGUGCCCGUUGAGGUGUUCCACGGGAAAUCGUUCGCGUCCGUCGCGGAGACGGCGCCGGCGGCGGAGGCGCCGGCGCCGGCGGCGAGCGUGGACGUCGCGGACGUCAAGCUGAAGGACCCGGAGACGCGGUGGCACGCCGCGGGCGCGGUCGCGGAGGUCGUGACGAGCGCGCGCGGCGGCGGCGGCGGGGAGGAUGGGGGAGACGCCGAGGAGGUCGCUGCCGAGGUCGCCGCCGAGGAGGACGCGCCGAGCAAGCCGAAGACGGCGGCGGAGCUCAGAGCCGCGAAGAAGGCGAAGAAGAAGGCGAAGAAGGAGAAGAAGGGCAAGGCGCUCCGCGAGACCAUGGCGGCGCGCGAGGACGACGACGAUUGA